AUGGAAAUCUUAAAGGCACGUCUCGUUGGGCUCCAUGUCGGCGAGUCCUUGGAGCCAGGGCACGCUCUUCUCGACCUGGCGGCCAAGAUCGAGCAAGAGAAUCAACUGCAGCACAUUCCUGCCGAGAAGUGUGUGUCUCGUGUGCACGAGGUCCUUAACAGCAAGACUCCCAGCAAGAUUGUUGAGCUUGAAGCCUCCAGGCUCGUCGUCAAAGAGGAGCACUCGCCCUUAGAGCAGCCUGCCAACAGUGCCCUGCAGCUGCAGGAAGCAUUGAGGCGUCGGGGCCUUGCCUUAGUCUUUGCCCAGUCGUGCAGCUGGGCAGCCCAUGAAAAGUAUGUGUGCAAGCUGUUCAACCAUCUGGCGCGCGAUCCCCCUCCUGGCAUGGCCCGGUGCUCAGUGUCACAACUGGCAGAAGCAGACAGGCAGUGCUGGGUUCGCAUGAUCCAGCAGGGGGUGAGCCCCCGAAAAUCAGCCGAUGGCACUUUUCCCAUCGACAAUGAGCUGGAGAAAGCCCUCGAGUCGUACGAGGUCUCGUUCACUCUCAUGCCAAAGCUUUCCAAAGAUGCCCCUAAAAGGCCAGGCAAAGGUGGGAAGAAGAGAACCAGCUCUGGCGGCAAGCAAGCUGAUGGUCGUGGAGAUGGCAAGAGCAAAUUCCUGAAGACGGGAAAAGGAGCAGGGAAAGAGCCUCGCCUGCCCAAGGAAUUUGUUGCGGCUGGCGCCUCAGGCACAACGCCUGACGGCUGCGAGGUGACCCAGGUGGAGAUUGAAGGAACCCGUGACGGCCGCGUCAGUCAUGGCGCUGCCGGAGGUUCCGCAGUUUUGGUUGCCCGUGUGUCGUGCGUUGCUAGUAAUGUUGAGGCUGCGUCCUGCGCGGCCAGUAGUGACAAUAAGUUGCGUGGGUGGUGUGCAGAUCAGAGCCAGUCAAGUGUCCAACCAGUUGCUGCUGACAAGGCGGCAACUGGGUGCUCGUCGCCUUUGCAAGAUGGUAAUUCCAACAAAGGAGCAGAUUCGCAGUAUGAAUCGACGCAGGAUGCCUCCAUGGAGUCAUGCUCUGUGGGGCUUCUGUCGCACAAUAUGAGUAGCAGCGUGCAGAGAUCUCCAACAGAUUGCGAGCCCGCAGAGCCGGGCGAGAAGCAGAGAUCCUUGCACGUAGCCCGGGCCUUGGGCCCGCCAGUUUUGUCAGGUGAGUCAGUUGUGCCGAACGUGUCUUCCCCGUCUGUGCCUGGGGCGCUCUCCUGUGCGUCGGGCAAAAGCGCCCAGCCCACGAAAUUGCCUCAGUGUAAUGCCAAAGUGGUGAUAACUUCGCAGUGUCUGGCCCCAGCAGAGCAGAAAGCUUCUGUUGGGCGCGAGCAUGUGUGCACUUCCAAGCAGACCCCCAACGUAAGCGAGGCUUGGAAGGAUUAUCCUGUUGUCAUCGAACUUUUCGCAGGUACUGCCAGGGUGACGGCGUGCUUGAGAAAUUUUGGAGUUCGAGGGUCUUUCGGGGCCGACAUGGACUCGAGCAAAGCCUGCUCCAAGUGCCUAUGCGUUGACUUGACCACUGCUGCAGGCCAAGAACUUUGCUUGCUUUGGCUGUCAUCGCCCAGAGUUAUAGGUGUGUUCAUGGCUCCUCCCUGCGGGUCCGCCUCAAGGGCUCGCAAAGAUGAUGGUGGGCCGCCAGCACUUCGUUCAGAAUUUUUCCCCGAUGGAAAACCGGGGUUGUCCCAGCUUGAUGCUUUUAAAGUUUCGCAAGCCAAUGCGUGUUACGGCUUCGUAGCCACCGUAGUGCAGUGGUGCGCGCAGCAUUCCAAGAUCUUUGCAGUUGAAAACCCUCAUCGAUCCUUCUUCUGGCUCACCUCGUAUUGGCAGUCAGUUGCGCAUCUCGCAACCUACGUCAGGUUUGACCAUUGCGCGUAUGGUGGCCAGCGUCAGAAGACAACUGCAAUCGCUCACAAUUGCACCAGUUUUGAGUCUUUGGCAAAAUUUUGCCCUGGACAGACUUGCGCGGAGCAGCAUCUUCCCUGGGGCCCAUCAGCAAGCGCUCCCAAUGGAUAUGCCACAUCCGAAGCGACUGCGUACCCCCCUAGGCUGGCUGCGGCAAUCGCCUUGGCAUUCUUGAGGGGCAUGGCUGCCAAAGGGUGGUCAGGCUCGCAGGUUUCCCUUUGCGCGAGUGAGGAGAAGCUGGCAGCAGCAGCAGAAAGAGCCAUUGCAGGCAUCCAGAGCAAAGCGUCCAGGUUCCCAGCCCCUGUGUCGGAGCAUGAGCGCGUCAUUGUUUUGCGGUCUCGCUUACCGCUUGCGUUGCCGUGUCAGCCCGGGGAGCGUAUUGAGCAACCGUUUGAUGUGCCUUUGCACGUGACAGCGCGACCUGCGUGCCGUCAGGUUCCCGCCAAGAGCCAACUUCUGAGGUCGGUUCCAAUUACGGUUAAGCUGGGGGUUCGUGAAGUAGGCAAGUCUUGCGGCAGCUCACCUGAAUAUGGCCAUGAGCAAGCGUGGGGUGUGCCGCACUCCGAAGAAGGAUUUGUUGAAGCGGCAGUGAAAGCAGGGCACCCGCAGAAUUUCAGGGAGCUGCUACCAGAGGUUCUCGCAAAAGCAGUGUCUCUCAACAAGUCCAUGAGCUUAGAAAGCCUUGCGCGCAUGAGAACUGUGUGGAUGGCCAAGUGGGCCAAGCGGGCCGAAGAACUCAAGGGUCAGGAAUCCAGUUUUAAGGAUGCGUUGCACCCCGCCUGCAAGGAGAUCCUGGCGCCCAAGCAGUUGCUGCUCUUUAGAGAGAUACUAGUAGAGCGUAAUUAUCCUGAUCUGGGCGCAUUUGAAGAGUUGGCUUUUGGGACCGAACUUACAGGUGAAGUUCCUGCCACAGGAAUUUUCGCGCCUACUUUCAAACCUGCAAAGUGCACCGCUGAGUCCCUCAAGUGCAACGCAGUGCAGCUCAGACAGGACGUGCUCAAGAAG